GAUAAGAAAGGAGCGGGCGAGAGGCAGAGGGCUAGGCAGGACUGGCCGCUAGCAGAGGGGAAGCGAAGCGAGGAGAGCAAUGGCGUCGCCGUCCACGCUGUCUUUGACGUCCGCCUUCCCCUCCCCCUCCUCCUCGCGCCGCCUCACGGCAUCUCGCCGGGCGACGUCUCUGGUCAUCGUCGCCCAGGGAAAGGUCAAGAAGUACCGCCAGGUCAUACUGACAGACGACAUAGAAGAACUAGGUCGGAAGGGGGAUACAUUGAAGGUGCGAGCUGGAUUCUACCGCAAUUUCCUCCUUCCCAAGGGCAAGGCCACGCUUCUAACCCCAGAAGUCCUCAAGGAAAUGCAACUCGAACAGGAGAGAAUAGAAGCUGAGAAGAAGCGGGUCAAAGAAGAGUCACAACAACUUGCUCGAGUUUUUGAAACCAUCGGGGCUUUCAAGAUUCCACGCAAAGGCGGAAAAGGAAAACAAAUCUUUGGAAGCGUCACAGCACAGGAUGUUGUUGACAUAAUAAAGUCACAACUUAAUAGAGAUGUCGACAAGAGGCUUGUGACAGUUCCAGAAAUCCGUGAAACCGGGGAGUAUGUUGCAGAGAUUAAGCUUCACCCGGAUGUGACAGCUCGAGUAAGGCUGAAUGUCUAUGCGAAAUGAGAUGUGCAGUUACUGAAGCUUGAAUGGACGGUGGGGGUCUGGGGGAGCCUGAUUUCGCCAGAGAUUUUGCUGAAAAUGCCAGGCGUUGUGGUAGAAAAAUGGAGGUCUGGACUGGUUCAUCCUGCCUGUAAAGUUAAUUUUCAGUUUGUUGAUUUCGUGGAGUGAAAACUAGAAAAGUUUGUAAACCACAGUUGGUUUGACCGCAGUUUGUAAACCACAGUUGGUUUGACCGCAGUUUGUAAACCACAGUUGGUUUGACCGCUGAAGCAUCCCUUGCAUGUUUAUCAUGGCUGAAGAAAAAUGGCUGCAGCCUUUAGCAAAAACAGUUAGUUCGAUGAACAGGCCCCCAAAGGUAGAUGCGACAAUCGGCUUUCCAGGGAUA